UUGGCGCUCGACAUCACGCACACGCAAACUCCCGUUUGCAGUUCACUUCACUUCAUAAAUGUUCGAUCUCUUUCAACUACGUCGAGGCUUGUGCUUUCUGGGAUUACGCUUUUCGACAUGGCUCUGAGCGUUGCGCUACCUCUGGCUGGCUUGGAGACAGAUAAUUUUAACUCGUUCAGCUCGUUCGGGCAUAUAAUCGAGAUAGCGGGCCUGUCUCAGUCGCAGUCAAGCCCCAGCCCGUCCGUCUCCAGUGAAUCUAGCGGUAUCGGUUCGCUGGGAUCGCUCAAGUCGGAAUCGGUGAACAGUGACUCCCUGCCAUCUAGUCCUCAGACAACAGAGAAGAAAAUAUUUGAACCGGUUGUGCAACCAUGUCAAGUGUCUUGUUUUGCUGAAGUGAAGUAA